AUGAUGAAUGAAGUAAUUCCGAAGGUGGGUCAAAUGAUUCCAAAGGUGAACACUUUCUUGGACAAUGUGAAUGGAAUCAUAGAUGCACUUUUGACAAAUAUGCAAGUUUAUGUCGAACUUGGGCUGGUCGGCACUGAUGGACUACUUAUUUUCCUCUACAACUUCAAUAGUAUCAAGGACGAUAAGGCUGACAAGAAAGAGAAAGCAAGCAAGGAUUAA